UCUGCUCUUUGCUUCCCUUCCCUGCCUCUUCUCUCCGCAGAGCCUCCUCGCAAAUCCGCUGCCCCUCCCUCCGAUGACCUCGACGCCGGGGAGCUUCCGAACGCUGGCGAACUCCGGACCCGUCGCGCUCUCUUUCGCGACCAGCUCCUUCUCCAACUUUCUAGGCGGUCCGGCUUCUAGCGGCGGAGCGGAUAGCGGGCUGUCCAAGUUCAAGGCCAUGCCGCCGCCGUCCCUGCCGCUGUCGCACCCGCCGGCGUCGCCGUCGGCUUUCCUCAACGCGUUCUCCGGCUUCCUCGACUCGCCGAUACUCCUGACGCCCAGCCUAUUCCCGUCGCCGACGACGGGCGCGAUCCCGUCGGAGCCCUUCAACUGGAUGGGGACGGCGGAGAACCUGCAGGCCAGCGUGAAGGAUGAGCAGCGGCAGUACACCGACUUCACGUUCCAGACGGCGGCGCCCGUGCCGGAGACGGUGACAGCCGCGCUGCCGGCGGCGUCCUUUCCGCAAUCGUCGUCCAUGCUGAUGGCACCACUGGGUGGACUAGGAGACUCGUACAACGGCGAGCUGCAACAGCAGCAGCCAUGGAGCUACCAGGAGCCGACGACCCAAUUCGAGGCGCCGUCGGCGGCCACGACGCAGCCUGACAUGCUCGGGAACGGCGGCUACAGCGCCGUGCCCGCGCCGGCUAGCUUCCGCGAGCAGAGCAACCGGCCGUCGUCGGACGACGGCUACAACUGGCGCAAGUACGGGCAGAAGAAUAUGAAGGGAAGCGAAAAUCCGCGCAGCUACUACAAGUGCAGCUUCCCCGGCUGCCCCACCAAGAAGAAGGUGGAGCGGUCGCCGGACGGGCAGGUCACGGAGAUCGUGUACAAGGGCGCGCACAACCACCCCAAGCCGCAGAGCACGCGCCGGAGCUCCAGCUCCGCCCCGGCGCCGGCCGCGUCGUCGUACGUGCUGCAGAGCGCCAGCGACGCGGCGGCCGAGCAUUCCUUCGGCGCGCUGUCCGGCACGCCCGUGGCGACGCCCGAGAACUCGUCGGGGUCGUUCGGGGACGAUGAGAUCAACGGCGUGAGCUCGCGGUUUGCCGGCAACUUCGGCGCCGAGGAGCUCGACGACGAUGAACCCGACUCCAAGAAAUGGAGGAGAGACGGCGGUGACGGCGAGGGGGUCCCGGUGGCCGGCAACCGGACGGUGCGGGAGCCGAGGGUGGUCGUGCAGACGAUGAGCGACGUCGACGUCCUCGACGACGGCUACCGGUGGCGCAAGUACGGGCAGAAGGUGGUGAAGGGCAACCCGAACCCCCGGAGCUACUACAAGUGCACGACGGCCGGGUGCCCGGUGCGGAGGCACGUGGAGCGCGCGUGCCACGACACGCGCGCCGUGGUCACCACCUACGAGGGCAAGCACAACCACGACGUGCCCCCCGCGCGCGGCACCGCCUCGCUCUACCGCGCCGCGCUGGCGGCGCAGCAAUCCGCCGCGGGCUACCAACAGCAGGGCGGCGCCGCAGUCCCGGCCGACGGGCGGUUCGGCUUCGGCGCCGGCAGCAGCCACGGCGCGUUCUCCGGCGCGCCGGCGCAGGCCGCGGAGAGCAGUGGCGGCUUCGCCUUGUCCGGCUUCGGCAACCAGGUGGGCACGGCGUACUCUUACGCGAGCCAGCAGCAGCAGCAGCAGCAGAGCGACGCGAUGUACACCUACGCGCCAUUAGCCAAGGACGAGCCACGAGACGACCUGUCGUUUUUCGAGCAGCCAUUGCUGUUCUGACCGGAUGAACCACGGCCAAAUCGAUCGGCAAGACAUGGUCAUGAUCGUGGUUCUUUUUGACUCGGCAGAUUAAUUAUGUACACUAUCGUAGUGGUCUGUUGAUUUGUUUGGAGGGCCCCAAAUCUGCAGGCAUUAACGUUUCAAAAAAAAAAAUCUGCAGGCAUCUGCAGAAAAGGGUAACCUCCUGUAACAUGUACGUACAAGAAACGUAGGACACAUGGGCGUAGGAAGCAAAGGCCAUGGCAUAUGAUUUUUCAGCAGUUUGACUGCAAUUUUUUUCCCAAUGUAAAAUCUGCUGUAAUCUCUCAGAUCUUAACAGGUAAAUUUUACUCCGUAAUUCAGUU